UGAGAUCAAAGCAAGCUCAAUUUUUUAUUAUUCUCAUCUCCCUGGACAACCAACCCUAUGAUCUCUCAUUGUUUAAUCUCAUUCUCUAUUUAGAUAUUUUUUUAGUUAUCUCUCUUCUUUCUCGUUAUGUACAAGCAGAGGUUGGGGAAGUACUCCAAGUAUUCGCUCAUGCAAAAGAGAGAGCACCAAAAAAGUGAAUCGGGGGAAUGUAAUUCCUUCCCACACCUCAACAAGUAGUAGCAUGAGGGGAGCAAUCUUUAGAAGAGACAAGAUUUCCUUUUACAACUUUUAUUAAUUAUUACUACUUUAAAUCACUCUCUUAGCUCAACCUCUCUUACUUUGUCCCAUCUUGGUCCAUCUCUUCUAGUUUAUGUUCCAAGUGUUUUUAUAGCAACACCAGGAGAAACAAGGAAAAGAAGGUUUCCAUAAAUGGAAUGAGUGAGAGGAAGAGAAGAGGAAAACAAGGAAAUGACUCAGUGUAGCGACGACCCUGAAAUCAAUAAUAACAUCAUAAUACAGGAGGGACGUAAGGAUAGCUUAAUCAGAACUUGCCCCACAUGUGGUCAUCAUAUCAAAUGCCAAGAUCAGGGUGGUGGAAUUCAUGACUUACCUGGAUUGCCUGCGGGAGUGAAGUUUGAUCCCACAGAUCAUGAGAUUCUUGAACAUUUGGAAGCGAAGGUGCGGUCUGAUAUUCAUAAGCUUCAUCCACUAAUUGAUGAGUUCAUACCUACUCUUGAAGGUGAAAAUGGAAUCUGCUACACUCAUCCGGAGAAGUUGCCAGGAGUGAGCAAAGAUGGCCUGAUCCGUCAUUUCUUUCACCGGCCUUCCAAGGCAUACACAACAGGAACAAGGAAAAGGAGAAAGGUGCACUCUGAUGACGAAGACGGCGGCGAGACCCGUUGGCACAAAACCGGUAAAACUAGACCAAUCUACAACAAUGCCGAGUUGAAAGGUUACAAGAAAAUCCUGGUGCUUUACACAAACUACGGAAAGCAAAGAAAGCCAGAAAAAACAAACUGGGUCAUGCACCAGUACCACCUAGGCACUGAUGAAGAAGAGAAGGAAGGGGAGUUAGUCGUCUCCAAAGUUUUCUACCAAACACAACCUCGACAAUGUGGGGCUUCUUUAGUGAUCAAAGACCAUAUUAAGAAAGGUCAAAGCAUGCAUCAUGAGGUGAAUAUCAAUAACAAAAGAAAUAAUGGGUUAGUUGAGUACUAUCAUUCAAAUUUCAUAUCAUUUGAUCAAGGGAGCCAACAACAUAGAUCCCAUUUUCCGGUCCAUGAUGGUCCUUUCAUUCCUUGAAAAAAGUGGUGGUGGAGAAGAAGAUUGGAAUUGAAGAGGUGGAGAAAAUAGUAAUUAAUAUAUACUGAGGCAUUAAGAUAAUAUAUUAUGCAAGAAUAAAAUAAGUUAAUAACUAACUAAUACUAUAUGUACCGUAUGUCAAAAAAAAAUAUAUGUACUGUAGUUAGAAUGGGCAAAAUUAAGGACAAAAAGUGUUUUAUUUGAGAAUUAUUGCGCAGAUAUUUCUAGUAA